GUCUUUAAAGCUGGACUUCUGCUCUUCAGUUCUUCUUAGUUCUUACCGUUGUAGCGUCAUAAAACGGCUACGGCUUCAGAUCGUUUCUCUUUCUUCACUUUUUCUUGCGUUUCAAGAAUCCUCGAAUCUCUUCCCGCUCUUGCUUUUUCUUUGAUCGUUGAAGUUAGGAAUGGCGAGUUCAAUAGCUUCGCAGUUACAGGCGAUUAAAUCGUUUAUUCAAGCCGACUCUGAACCUCAAAAGCGACCUUUCACUCGCCCUUCCAUUUUGUUUAACGCUAAAGAAGCCGCUGACAUCGACAUCGACACUAUUCUGAACAUUGCGUUGUCAGGGCUAGAGGUUCUAGUAGGUGUCGACGACAGAUUUAGGAACUACAAGAAUGAUUUGUUCAGUCGCAAGAGUAAAGAAUUGGAUAGAGAAUUAAUGGGAGUAGACGAUAAUAAUCAAAUUAAUGCUUCAAUAAGUUCGUAUUUGCGGUUACUCUCAGGGCAUCUUCAACUUCCUGCAUCUCUGAAAACACUUGAGUACUUGAUACGUCGAUACAAGAUUCAUGUUUACAAUAUUGAGGACUUGGUCUUAUGUGUCUUGCCAUACCAUGACACACACGCUUUUGUUCGUAUAGUUCAGUUAAUCAACACAGGGAAUAGUAAAUGGAAAUUUUUGGACGGUGUUAAAGUGUCUGGUGCACCACCUCCUAGGGCUGUUAUAGUGCAACAAUGUAUUCGAGAUAUGGGGGUUCUGGAGGCCUUGUGCAAUUAUGCAUCUGCAACGAAGAAGUUUCAGGCUUCAAGACCUGUGAUUAGCUUUUGCACUGCAGUUAUUAUUGAGGUUUUGGGUUCUGUUACAACUAUUGACACUGACACUGUGAAGAGAAUCCAUCCAUUUGUAGCUUCUGGUCUCCAAACUGGUACAGAAGGAGGUUCUGAUCACAAGGCUGGUGCUUUGAUGAUUGUUGGGUUACUAGCAAAUAAAGUAGCAUUGUCUCCCAAACUUGUAAAUAGUUUGAUUCGAUCAGUUGCUGAGGUAGCUAGGGAAGACGUGAAAGAGUCAACUGACUUGCAAUGGUUUCGGUUGUCACUUAUGGCUUUAAUAAGUCUUGUUCAGUCACAAUCUAUUGAUACAUUCCCAAAGAAGGCUUUGGAAAUUUUAAGGGAUAUCAGGGAUAUUGCUGGGAUUCUUCUGGAACUAUCUAAAGAUUUUAAUAUUGAUAGAUUCCUCACUAUUCUGUUGGAAGCUCUGAUCAAUCAAAGUUCUUCUGAUGACUCAUAUCUUCUUGCUUUAAUAUCAGUAAUAGAUACAGUUCCUCUGAUGAAUUUAGUGGAUCAUAUUGUCUCAAAGAUUCUACUAUGCUGCAUGAAAUUAUCAGAGAAGUAUGGAAAUUCGGCAUCCUCUGAAUCAGGAACCUGGGCUAAGAAAAUUUUGGCUGCUAUUCAUAAGAAUUAUCCAUCUCAAUUUCAUGGAGCAGUUCACAAGUUCCUAGAGGAUACCAAAGUACAAUCCAAGAAAGAGGACACAGUGUGUGAGUUCUUGAGUAAAAUAUUGGAUGGGAAUUUGGAUUUGUCCAUGGUUGUCCCAGAGUCCAAAAUAUGGUUUGCAUCACACCAUCCAAAGCCUGAGAUACGGCGUGCUACAUUUUCAGGGCUUAACCGAUCCGCUAUCCUGAAACUUAGGUCUCUUGAUCCGCAGAGGUUUGUAACCAUUAAAGAUGUCAUACUGCGCCAGCUUCAUGAUGAUGAUUUAACUGUUGUUCAAGCUGCUCUUUCUCUGGAUUGGUUCACUGAAAUGAUAAGUCCUUUAGAACUUCUUGAAGCAUUGCAUCAUGUGCUUAAAAGAUGUCUAAGCUUUCUGACAUCAGGUUCAUCAGUUAAUUCUACUUUAUCUUUUGACGUUGCUGUAUCAUUUCUAAAGAUUGCGGUCUUCAGCUUCCAUGAUCAGAUAGAUUAUUUGAAAGAAGUUGCUUCCAUGAUAUUCCCACUGCUACUAAUUCUGCCAGAGACUCAGAGGUUGAGUUUAAAGGUUUUGGAAUUAGCCAAGGAAAUAAAGUGGCCAUUUUUCCAGACUCUUGCUGCCGUGUCUGGCGAGGAUGUGUUGCAGAAAUUGCUUUCUGGAUCUUCUGCUGAUGUGGAGCCUGUUAGCAGAUUUGAAAAGAAAAUGCAGAAGCGUGGAAGCAUAUCUACAGUUAAUAUUGAAAUUGUUGGAAGUUUAUCAGAAGCAUUCUUGAUGAACCCUCAUGAGUACUUGCCUUGGCUUACCAGGAGUUGCAGUGAUCUUAAGUCAUCAAAGACUCUUUGCCUUUUGGUUCUGAUGCAGUCAUUUUCUAUGUCAAAAAACAAUGGCAAAUUUUUGGUGCUUUUCGAAGCUUGCUUUCCAGUUUUGAAGUCUGAGUGGGAAGCUUUUGGGUCUGUAGUUGACACUUCUCUACAAGAGUUCAAUGAAGAGAUGCUUGAUUGGGAUUGCAGAAAGUUCCUAGACCAGCUGUUUGUUGCUGAUAUUGAUUCUCUAAACACAUAUAUUCUUAUAUGCUUAUUCUGGAGGUUACUUGAGGCAUUUAUUUCAGCAUCCUCUACUGAAGUCUUUUUGGAUGAUAAUGAGAAGGCUAUUAACCGAGUUCAGGAUUUCUUCAUCUUCGUUGCGGUCUCUAAUUUAAAGUUUGCAUUCAAGAAACACCUUCGAGAUCUUGUUGAGAAACAUCUUCAUGAUUUUCUUACAAAGUGCAAGAUUUCACCAGUUCGAUUUCUGUCUAGCUUUUUUACAGUAGAAGAUGUUCCCUUUGCAGUUCAAGCAGAGAGUCUUCACUGUUUCGCAUUUCUUUGCUCUCAGCUAGAUGAUAGACUACCAUUUGAACUGUUGGCUGAAUUUCCUUCACUUCUUGUUCCACUUGCCAGUGAGAAUCAGGCUACUAGGAUUGCUGCCAUGGACUGUAUUGAAAAGUUACAUAAAUUGUGGUGUCAAGUUGACUUUUCUAGCAAGAAAAAUGGAAACACUGCAAUUUGGAGCCAUUUUCUUGAUGAACUUUUGGGCUUGAUGGUUCAACAAAGGAGGCUUCUAUUGUCAGAUAAAAAUUUCCUCCCUUCUUUUCUGACAUGUUUGCUUAGCUCAUCCUGUGAUAGCAUUCUAGUGUCUCCAAACAUUGAGCAGAGAUUUAAUCAAUCUACAAAGGAAAAGAUUCUUGCUUUCAUAUUGAGUUCUGCCCUAAAGCUUUCUGGAUCUGGCAAGCUGAAGGUUCUAUCUUUGCUCAAAGGAUUAGGCAACACAAUUCUGCAUGUUAAAGAAGUUGAGUCAUUGUUAUCCCUGCUUCUGAGAAAACACAGCCAAUACCAUUUAGACCUGGAAAAGUCAUCCCCAAAAUUGUCAGAAAUUGAAAUCAGGAUCCUCUGCUUGCUUUUGGAGAUUUGUGUUAUGCUGUCAUCGUCUCUCGGUGGACAAAUUUCUGAAGAUUAUGUGUUAAAGGCAUUGCAAUUGGAUUUUAAGUCUCCAGAAGACCCUGCCAUAAUAGAACCCUGUGUUACAGUUUUGCAAAAGCUAAGCAAUCAAUUCUACAGUGGCUUGACAACUGAGGCACAGGGUCAUCUGUUCCGACAGCUAAUACUUUUGUUUCACAAUAGUAAUGGUGACAUUCGAAGUGCAACCAGAGAUGCUUUGCUGCGUUUAAAUAUUGCUUCCUCUACAGUAAGUCAGAUGCUUGAUGUUGUUCUGAAAGAGGAUCCGCUUAUAACUAGUUCAGCACAUGGAAAGAAGAAAAAGAAAUUAGCUGGAAAUCUAAAGGCCGGUUAUCGUUGUGAUAUAGUUUCUAAAGGAGAAUGGGCUCUCUCUUUUCUUAGCUCCCUUCUUGAUGUGUUGCUUCUGAAGAAAGACAUAGCAAACAGGCAGGUUCUCGUGGGUCCCUUAUUUACUCUUCUUGGAAAAAUUUUCUCUGAUGAAUGGGGACAUGGUGCUCUCACUCAAGAUGAAAGGUUGAUACAAACUUCUGGUGUGUCUCAGACAAUGUCUAGUGCAAUUUGUUACAUUCAGCAGACAUUAUUGUUAAUUUUGGACGAUAUUUUUGCUUCAUUCAUUAAUGCAAAUAGUCCCCUAAAGGCUGGCAUAAUAAAUAAAAUUGAUAUCAAAAUGCUGGUUGAUUGCGCUCGUUUGACAGAGGAUGGAGUAACCCGUAACCAUGUUUUUACACUGUUAUCCUCAGUGGCGAAGUUAGUUCCAAAUAGAAUAUUGGAGCACAUAUUUGAUAUACUUACUGUCAUUGGAGAAUCAGCAGUUUCACAGAUUGAUAGCCAUUCACAACGUGUGUUUGAAGAUCUUAUAUCUGCUAUUGUACCAUGUUGGCUGUCUAUGACCAACAAUACAGAAAAAUUACUUGAGAUUUUUAUAAAUAUAUUGCCUGGAGUGGCUGAGCAUAGAAGGCUGUCAAUUAUUAUAUUCCUCUUGAGGAUUUUAGGGGAGGCUGAUAGUUUGGCCUCAUUGCUUGUCCUCCUUUUCCGUUCGUUAGUUUCAAGAAAAGGACUAUCUUGCCUUAAUGCUACACACGCUUCAGAUAGAUUUUCUGCAGAGAAAGAGUGGGAGUAUGCCUUUGCAGUGCAAAUAUGUGGACAGUAUUCAUCCCUGAUAUGGGUUCCUUCUCUUGUAAUGGUUCUUCAAUUGAUAGGACAGAGUGAUCUCUCUCAAGAACUGGUUAUGCAAUUGUUGUUUGCCAUGGAUUUUGUUUUGCACAAAUUGCAAGACCCAGAAUUUGCAUUGAAGCUUGAAUCAAGGGAGAGUUCAGAUAGCAUCCAGCAGAGAAAACUUGGAGAACUUAUGGAGCAGGUUGUCUCUCUCUUACAAGUUGUUGAUGCAAGAAGAAAACAAAUUGGCAUUCCAGUUGCAACUUGGAAAGACUUUAAGGUAUGCGUGGAUGCUAUCUUGAAGACUAUUACAAUGACUAUGAUCCCUUCCACAUGCUUUGAAUGCAUCACCAAAUUACUUGGCAAUGUGGAUGGCACUGUGAGAAAGAAGGCUCUUGGGAUAUUAUGUGAAACAGUGAAGGACCAUGGCUCAGUUAAAUCAAAGCGCAAGGAGAAAAGAGAACUGGACCUAAAUUCAAAUACCUUUGAGCUCCAUUUGGAUGAUACUUCUCUGGAAUUUUUUCAGAAGAUGUGUGCAGAAAUUGUUCAGAUAGUUGAUGAUUCUAUUGAAAAAUCAAAUGCUUCGUUGAAACUGGCUGCAAUUUCAACACUGGAAAUCCUGGCACAAAGGUUUUCUUCUAAUCAUUCAGUCUUCAGCAUGUGCCUCGCAUCAGUCACAAAAGGCAUUAGUUCAGAGAACUUGGCUGUCUCAUCAAGCUGCCUUAAGACCACUGCUGCUUUGCUUAAUGUGCUUGGACCAAGGGCACUGGCUGAGCUUCCCUGUAUAAUGGAAAAUGUUCUAAAGAAGUCUCGUGAAAUUUCUGUGAGUUCUGAAUUAAAAAGCAAGACUGAUGAAAAUAGCUCCAUUUUGCUGUCUAUUCUUGUCACUUUGGAGGCAGUUGUUGACAAGCUUGGUGGCUUUUUAAACCCAUAUCUUGGAGAUAUCAUAGAACUUAUGGUACUUAAUCCUGCAUAUGUGUCAGGAUCAGAUCCGAAGCUAAAAUUGAAAGCUGAUUUAGUGCGGAAGCUCCUUACUGAUAAGAUCCCUGUUCGACUUACACUGCAGCCUUUGCUAAAGACAUACUCGGGUGUUGUUAAAUCUGGAGAUUCAAGCUUGGUGAUUGCUUUUGAAAUGUUAGCAAACCUAGUUAGUAAAAUGGACAGGGCAUCAGUUAGUGGUUACUAUGGAAAGAUUUUUGACCAGUGCAUGCUUGCUCUUGAUCUACGCCGGCAGCACCCUGUUUCAGUUCAGACUGUUGAUGUGGUAGAAAAAAGUGUCAUCAAUGCAUUAGUUUCUCUUACGAUGAAACUUACAGAGAAUAUGUUUAAACCUCUUUUUGCCAAGAGUAUUGAGUGGGCUGAGGCAGAGGUUGAAGAUGUUGCUGGUAGUGGAAGCCCAAAUAUAGAUAGAGCUAUAUCAUUCUAUAGCCUGGUAAAUACACUUGUGGAGAAUCAUAGGUCACUCUUUGUCCCCUACUUCAAAUACUUGGUCAAGGGUUGUGUACAGCUGCUGAGUGAUUUUGGAGUUUUUAAAGCUUCUAAUUUAGUUCAGAAGAAAAAGAAAGCCAAGAUUCAGGACGGGAAUUUGGGAAACCACAUGUUAUCACUUAAAAGCUGGCAUCUUAGGGCAUUGAUCUUAUCAUCACUGCAAAAAUGUUUUCUCCAUGACACUGGGAGGCUGAAGUUUCUUGACUCAUCUAAUUUUCAGGUUCUAUUGAAACCCAUUGUUUCUCAGCUUGUCAUUGAGCCACCGACUUCAAUUGAAGAACAUCCAGAUACACCAUCAGUGAAGGAAGUAGACGACUUGUUAGUUGGUUGCAUUGGUCAGAUGGCUGUUACUGCUGGAACUGACCUCCUGUGGAAGCCCCUGAACCACGAGGUGUUGAUGCAAACACGUAGUGAGAAGAUGCGAGCUCGAGUUUUGGGCCUGAGGAUAGUUAAGCAGUUUCUGGAUAAUCUGAAAGAAGAAUAUUUAGUACUCCUGGCUGAAACCAUCCCCUUUCUGGCGGAACUGCUGGAGGAUGUGGAGUUACCUGUUAAAUCUUUGGCACAAGAUAUUCUCAAGGAGAUGGAGACGAUGAGCGGUGAAAGCCUUCGUGAAUACCUGUGAUGCUUGUAUACCAGUGACAGAUACUGCUUUUUCUAGUGGCAAGACAUACACCACACAUCAUCUGGGAAAGCGACCGGAUGAAAGGAUUGAUUGCUAAAUCCAGUGAGUUUCUUUUCAACAGAAAGUGUAAAUUUUAGGUUUAAAAGUUAAGAGGAGGUUUAGGUCAAACAAUGGGUCUAACCUUCAAUUUUUUAAUCAAUGUGUUUUGUCGCCGCCAAAUUUUGUAUGCCUUUGGCCGGCUUUACAUAUAUCUAGUUGUAAAAUUUUGCCUGGUGUAAUGUACAAAAUCUUAAUAUAUUGCUGCUAGCGCUGAGCUGAAGAAUGCAAUGUUUUCACUUUUUGACCA